AUGUCCUUUCUUCACAGAACCCUAGUCUCCGCCUCGCGGACCACCGCAGUGAGGUCUCAGUUCCGGCGAUUAACACUCCCCAUGAUCAUCAACCCGUCUCUCCGGUCGGCGUCUAGCCUGGCUCCUAAACUUAAAGACCCCUCCUUGUUUAAGGAGAAUGUGUGCUAUGUCAAUGGCGAGUGGGUACAGGCCAAGUCGGGGAAUACAUUCAAGGUCCACGACCCAGCCACGGGCCAGCUCAUCGGGUCAUGUCCCGAGUUUGACGCCAAGGACACGGAAGCAGCCGUUGCUGCUGCGCAAGCUGCAUUUCAAGAGUUCCGCCACAAGACGGGCCGGGAACGGUCGAAGCUACUCCGGAAAUGGUACGACCUCAUGGUAGAAAACGCAGACGACCUAGCUGCCCUGAUCUCCUGGGAGAACGGCAAGCCGAUCGCAGACGCCAAGGGCGAAGCCGCGUACGCGGCCAACUUCUUUGAGUGGUUCAGCGAAGAGGCCCCACGCAUCUACGGCGACACCAUCCCGGCGUCGGUGCCCGGCAACCGCGUGGUGACCAUCAAGGAGCCCAUCGGCGUGUGCGCCCUUAUCACUCCAUGGAACUUCCCCGCCGCCAUGCUCACCCGCAAGGCCGGCCCCGCCCUGGCUGCCGGCUGCACUGUCGUCUGCAAGGCCCCCGGCGAGACCCCUUACACCCCGCUAGCCCUCGCCGAGCUGGCCCACCGCGCCGGCAUCCCCAAGGGCGUCGUGAAUGUCAUCACCGCCCUUAACAACACUCCCUCCGUCGGCAAGACCCUGACCACCAACCCAGACGUCCGAAAGGUCUCCUUCACCGGCUCAACCGCCGUCGGUAAGCUACUCAUGGAACAAAGCUCCAGCACGCUCAAAAAGCUCUCCCUCGAACUCGGAGGCAACGCCCCCUUCAUCGUCUUCGACUCCGCCGACGUCGACCUCGCCGUCCAAAGCGCCAUCGCCUCCAAGUUCCGCUCGUCCGGCCAAACCUGCGUCUGCGCCAACCGCAUCUACGUCCAGCGCGGCGUGUACGACGAAUUCGCCGAGAAAUUCGCCGCCAAGGUCCGCCAGUUCAAGGUCGGCAACCCCUUCGAAACAGGCACCACCCACGGCCCGCUCAUCCACGCCCGCGCCGUCGAUAAAGUCGAGCACCACGUGCAAGACGCCCAGAGCAAAGGCGCCGGCGUCCUCCUUGGCGGCAGCCGGAUCCCCGACCUCGGGCCCAACUAUUACCAGCCUACCAUCCUCACCGAGAUGACGCCUGACAUGGCCCUCGCCCACGAAGAGACCUUUGGCCCUGUGGCGGGUCUCUUCCCGUUCACCACCGAAGACGAGGUCGUUAAGUUGGCCAACACCUCGCCCGUCGGCCUGGCGGCGUACUUAUUCUCGCGUGACGUGCAGCUUGUGAGCCGCGUGACUGAGAGUCUCGAGGUCGGUAUGGUUGGGGUCAACACGGGUCUCAUCUCGGACCCGGCUGCGCCGUUUGGGGGGGUGAAGGAGAGUGGGUUUGGGAGGGAGGGCUCGAAGUAUGGGAUUGAGGAGUAUCAGAUCACUAAGAUGAUUACGUAUGGUGGAAUGGGGGGGCCGUUGCAGAAGUAG